AUGGAGAGCGGCGACCGGGACAUGUACCGGCAGUUCCAGGACUGGUGCCUCCGGACUUACGGGGACUCGGGCAAAACCAAGACGGUGACCCGUAAAAAAUACGAGCGGAUCGUCCAGCUGCUGAACGGCUCCGAGUCGAGCUCCACGGAUAACGCCAAAUUCAAAUUCUGGGUCAAAUCUAAAGGCUUCCAGCUCGGCGACUCGGACGAGGUCAGUGGUGGUGCUGGAGGAGGGAAGCAAGUGCUGUACGUGCCAGUCAAAACCACGGAUGGAGUAGGUGUAGAUGAGAAGCUGUCUUUACGGCGGGUAGCCGUAGUAGAAGACUUCUUUGACAUUAUCUAUUCCAUGCAUGUUGAAACUGGGCCUAAUGGAGAACAAAUCAGAAAACAUGCUGGACAGAAGAGAACAUAUAAAGCAAUUUCAGAGACCUAUGCCUUCCUACCGAGAGAAGCGGUGACACGAUUUCUAAUGAGUUGCUCAGAGUGCCAGAAAAGAAUGCAUUUAAACCCAGAUGGAGCAGAUCAUAAAGAUAAUGGGAAACCACCAACACUGGUGACCAGUAUGAUUGAUUACAAUAUGCCAAUUACUAUGGCCUAUAUGAAACACAUGAAGCUACAGCUACUAAAUUCACAGCAAGAUGAGGAUGAAAGCUCUAUAGAAAGUGAUGAGUUUGAUAUGAGUGACUCUACGAGGAUGUCAGCUGUGAACUCUGACCUCAGCUCAAAUCUUGAAGAAAGAAUGCAAAGUCCUCAGAAUCUCCAGGGCCAGCAGGAUGAGCACUGCAUGGAAGAUAAGUCUCUAAUGCAGGUGAUGGAGGAACCAAUGAGGAGAGGCGUGCUACUGGAGCUUGUUCGUACAAAAAAGGAAGGACUGAAUGGGAAUGUGAAGGCUUGGAGAAGCCUUAAAUGUAGCAACCAUGAGAUAGUGGAGUCCAGGAUCUUAUAUGGAAAAAACAAGGAAAUAAGAAGGAUUGCAACCCUAGACUUCAUGAGAGCCAACUUUGACCUCUUCAAGGACCUGCCUGGAAAUAUCCCGUGGAUUAGAGCAGUGGUUGACAUUCAAGCACAACUUCUUCUAAAUUCAAAAUCAGUGUAUCACUAA